GUAUCUCGCCUAAUUUUGACGCUCAAUGUAUGCAGAUGUGACCUGGAGAAGAUCUGAUCUCUGCUUCUUCACUGUUGUUGAGAAUCGUUCUCCGAUGCGGUUUAGUUCUGCCCGUGUACUGUUGCGGCGGUUUCUCCAUCACUUUCCCCUAUAAAGGACACUUCACAGGAACGAACUUUUCUCUAGAGCAAACUCCUGACCCGUUUCUGGACUUCCCAACAUGGAUGAGCUCACAGAGAUGACAACGUACACUACUGCUGGCGCCGUCGUGGGUCAGUGGCUGCUUGGCAUCACUACGAUGGACACAAUCAUGCUCGUGUUCAUUCUCUCGUACGUGCGGGGUGCCUCCGCGCAAGGUUCCAGACGCCUCUUCGGCUGGCUCCCACCCGAGCUCCUUGGCCAGGCCGGCAUAGCAAUAGGUCUCACAUUCUUUGAUUACCUCUACUUUGUUUUUCGGGACAUGCGUUUCGUCUCUGGAGUCGUUUGGAAUGCUCAGACCAACGUGACGCUCGCGAUGUAUUACAUCGAUGCCACCAACUGGCGGUUCACUGCGUCGGUCGUCGUAUGGCUGUGCAAGACUGCGUUUGCCGACUGUGUGAUGCUCCUCCGAGCCAUCAAGCUUUUCCAUAAUAACGAGCGUCUGGGCGGCCAGUUUGGAUAUUACAGCGUACUCGCGCUUCUCUCCCUGUUGUAUCUCGGUACCGUCGCGUCAGGAGUAGUGACUUGGGUUGGUCUACUUCGCCCUGAAGCGGCCACUUUCGAUACACUGCUCGAAAAGAGCGCGACGUUUUUCAUGUCCAUUCAUUGUGGUUACAACACCCUUGUCACUCUCCUCAUCUCCUUUGUUUACUGGCGCGCGAUGAGCCAUGAAUUCAAGAUGAUGACGGUUGCCCAAUUGGCACUGCGAUCUUUCUCUGCAGGCAACAUGAUGUAUACCCUCCUCAUCACUGUUCUGGUGGUUCUGUAUCAGAGGCAGAUACUCUUCGUCUACUUCUGGUACGACAUAACCCAACCGCUCAUGACCAUGUCUUUCACGGUACCUAUGCUUCUGACCGCCUUCGCCCGCAUUCUACCGGCUGUUGGCACUAUGAAGUCCACCAACAUGACACCAGUUAGGGGACCUGGUUCCGGUAUCUCCGUCGCAGUGCGCCGGGAGGAAAUACUCGAGGAUAACUACACAACCGAUAGCAUGCCGAUGCAUUCUUUGUCACCAGGAGAGGGGGACAAACAGAAGGCAUUCGAGUCAGACGAGGAUGCAUGAUCGCGUGUAGAGGAAGCGCAUCUACAGAGGGUUAGCUGUGCGGUCCGGAGUUGUGGAUCUUGACAGCAAAUCGCAUUGGUCAUUUUUUGAGAGCUCGUAUGGGCGGGUAUCAUUUCUUCUUGGUCUUCUGUUAUCAGACUUCUUGAUUACUUCGAAAUGGCAAUGGCAUUUGA